GUCUGGAAGAAUCAGUUUCAGGUGAACAGGUUCCACGUAACCAAAACAAUGUUUGCAGAUUUGGACUAUGAUAUUGAGGAAGAUAAGCUAGGGAUCCCCACUGUACCUGGGACAGUGACCCUGAAGAAGGAUUCUCAGAACCUGAUAGGGAUCAGCAUUGGGGGCGGAGCACAGUACUGCCCCUGUCUCUACAUUGUCCAGGUAUUUGAUAACACUCCAGCAGCCUUAGAUGGCACCGUAGCAGCUGGUGAUGAAAUCACAGGAGUGAAUGGGAAGUCCGUCAAAGGGAAAACUAAGGUGGAGGUGGCCAAGAUGAUACAGAUGGUAAAGGGAGAAGUGACGAUACACUACAACAAGCUUCAGGCCGACCCAAAGCAGGGCAAGUCUUUGGAUAUCGUAUUGAAGAAGGUAAAGCAUCGACUGGUAGAGAACAUGAGCUCAGGGACAGCGGAUGCCCUGGGGUUAAGUCGAGCCAUACUUUGCAAUGAUGGACUAGUGAAGAGAUUAGAGGAGCUGGAGAGGACUGCAGAGUUAUACAAAGGCUUGACUGAGCACACCAAAAGUCUUCUCAGGGCUUUCUUUGAGCUAUCCCAGACACACAGAGCAUUUGGAGACGUUUUCUCUGUCAUUGGUGUACGGGAGCCUCAACCAGCUGCCAGUGAAGCCUUUGUGAAAUUUGCUGAUGCCCAUCGCAACAUUGAGAAGUUUGGGAUUCACCUUCUGAAAACCAUUAAGCCGAUGCUUACUGACUUGAAUACGUAUCUGAAUAAAGCCAUUCCUGACACAAGACUGACUAUCAAAAAAUACUUGGAUGUCAAGUUUGAAUAUUUGUCUUACUGCCUGAAAGUCAAAGAGAUGGAUGAUGAAGAGUACAGCUGCAUUGCUCUGGGUGAACCCCUCUACCGGGUCAGCACUGGCAACUAUGAAUACCGCCUUAUCCUUCGUUGCCGGCAGGAGGCUCGCACACGCUUUGCCAAGAUGAGGAAGGACGUGCUAGAGAAAAUAGAGCUCCUGGACCAGAAACAUGUGCAAGACAUCGUGUUCCAGCUCCAACGUUUUGUCUCCACAAUGUCUAAGUACUACGAUGACUGCUAUGCCGUGCUCCGAGAUGCGGAUGUCUUUCCCAUUGAGGUGGACCUUGCCCGCACUACUCUCAACUAUGGGCAGAAGGACACAUACACAGAUGGGGCAGAAGAAGAAGAAGAAGGAGAAAGCGAGAGAGAGGGUAGCGGGAAGGAGGACACAAAUGGUGAAAAGCUCAUUGAUGAUGCGUGAGUGUGCCAGCAUGGCCAGAGGAAGGACUUUGCAGACUGUUAUGAAAACAUGUAUUUCACAUG